AUGGUCAGCAAGGACGCGGGCAAAGGCGCGCUCCCGGCCCCCGAGAGCGACGCGGAGCCGGCCGCCUGCCUGGCGCUGGAGGUGAAGUACGCGCUGGACCCCGGGCGGCAGGUGCGGAAGCGGAACAAGGCCCUGCAGGUGCGCUUCAAGGACAUCUGCGAGGCGCAGAGCGAGCGGCGGGAGCCGCCGCCGGCCGCCGGGCCGGGGCCGGAGAGGCGCGAGGCCCGGGCGGCGUCCUACCGGGCGGCCUACCGCAAGUACAUGACCGUGCCCGCCCGCAGGGCCAUCCCCAACGUCACCCGCAGCACCGGCGUGCAGACCUCGCCGGAACGCAGGAAGUGCUACCAGACCUUCCCGCCCGACCGCCGCAGGGGCAGCCUCAAGGGCGUCCCGGGGGCCGAGGGCGCCUUCCGGAGCCAGAACAACGGCUUCGUCCUGGACGCCCAGGAGCGGGCCGCGCAGGGGCCCGGGGCGGAGGCCGCGGCGUGGGCGGCCGGCCAGGCGCAGAAGGCGGCGGCCCUGGUGUUCCGCUCCCACCAGCACGUGGACGUGCUGGGCCGGCCCGCGGGGCUGGGCUGCGCGGAGCUGUGCCGGGACCCCCGCGGGCACAGCUGCCCGGGCAGCGCGCUCCGGAACGCCCCCCAGCCUCCCUCCCGGGAGACCGCCCACCAGCUGGACCGGACAGCCCCACGGGACCGGGCCGCGCCGGGCACGGAGGAGCCGGCUCCCGCGGGCCAGGGCAGGGUGUUUAAAACGGAGGUGGCCGCCGUCUACACGCCCGCCCCCGGCGCCCAGGCCCCCGAGCCCGCCCUGUCGAACUCAGCCGCCACCAGCCAGUGGUCCCUCUGCCCCUCGGAUCUCAAUGGACUCCAGGCGCCCCCGACGACGCAGUGCCUGUCCCCCGAAUGUAGUGACCUCCCCCCGCAGUCUCCGGCCCCCGAGGGGGCAGCCGGCGGGGAGGAAUGCCAACAACUCGUGCCUCCCACGGAAGUGGUGGACCUCAAGGCACAGCUGCAGGUGAUGGAGACGCUGAUCAGCUCCAGCCAGGAGACCAUCAAAGUGCUCCUGGGCGUCAUCCAGGAGCUGGAGAAGGGCGAGGCCCACCGCGAAGGGCUCUCCUACCGCACCGGGCAGGACACGGCCAACUGUGACACGUGCAGGAACAGCGCCUGCAUCAUCUACAGCGUGGAGCUCGACUUCAAGCAGCAGGAGGACAAGCUGCAGCCGGUCCUGCGGAGCCUCCACCCCUUCGAGGACUCUCAGGUCGCACCCUCGCCUUACUCUCAGGAGGCUCACGCCUCGCCGCCCAAGCGGAAGUCCAAAACGGAGCCCAAAAAGCACGGGAGGUGGAAACUCUGGUUCCUCUAA